CACAGGGCGUAGGAUUUUCAACAUUCUGCAGAAACAGAUUCAUCGUACAGAUUACUUAAUACAGAUGCACGCCACAUUCUUCUUUAGAUUUAUCGUUCUGUAUUCAGGAUAGACGAUAGACACUUUAACCACUAGCAACUUUGUUACUUUUUCAAAUCACUCGGAUGUACUGAAGUGACGAGUCGGUCACGUCACUUGUCGACAAAAAACAUUACUUUUCUCCACUAAUACGUCGUAACAUUGUCUAACUGCUAAUAACUUUUACAAUCACUGACCCUUAUUAUAAAGAUCAGUUCCACUGUUACACAAACUAGAUACUGCCAGAUAAGCAGAAAGCAUCACAUUUAACACAUCAUCCAUUGGUGUGAUUUUCACGUCACGUCCAAAGAUGCACUAUGUUAUUAUAAAUACGUAAAUGGGUGCCGUUUUCGAAGAUCUCGAUGUAUAUUUCCACCAUCAGCAGCACCAGAUACGCUGAGAAUACCGUCACUCCUGUCCAAGUCUUAUUCUUGGGGUUACUAUAACAAAAUCUUGAACUUCUUUCCAUCUUAACAAGAGAUUUGGUAAUGAGCUCUUUGGCUUUGAAUCAAGGCCAGAGCUGUUUAUUUAUAGCAUGACUCGUGUGCGUAGAUUGUUACAGGUUAAAAGGGGUGAAUAGGUUUGGAGGGGGAUUAAACUAAAACUUAUCAUUGAUAAUAAGCUGUAAUUAAUAAUUAAUAUUCAAACAAUGGGGAUGUAGACCAGUUUUUAAGGUAGGUUUGAAGAAGAAAAAAAACAUUUUUUUACUGCCACAAUUUUCUUUAAGCACGAUCCGUAUGAUGGCUGAAGUUUAUUUGUUAGAGCUUAUUCUGUUUCCUGAAUUUCUUUAUAAAAAUUGCCGUUCUGUUAUUUGAUUAACGUCCCUGUUGUUCAAACCUGAGCUGCGAAUUUUAUUAGUUAGUAUUAGUAGAGCCACUUCCGAAAUAACUAUAAUAUUACUUUAAAUACUAGCUCUAGGCCAUCCGAAAGCAACAGAUGGCAUCGACCAAGCCGCCAUGUUGGAUGCGUUAGUCCUGGACCCCAAUUCCGCUAUUUACAAGUGCCGAUUAAUGUAUGCCAAUUGGAUUAAAUUUAACACUGUUCUUAUUCUCCUAAGCAUUUUGCCAAACUUGGAUCCGUAAACAGCCUCACGGAUUUAUUAGUAGUAGUUGUUAAAGUUAUUGUGCGAAGACCCUCUGUCGCGCCUCAAGCUACUAUCCCUUACCCUCUUGAAACUCGCUUCGAAACGUAGUAAAAGGGAGGAACAGGAAAAAAAAUCUCUACUUGUAAAAUCCCUUGUAUCCAUUUUAGUCAUUACUUAUUCUUAUCUGCAUUAUUCUAUACAUUAUUAAAGGUUUAAUUACCUUUACAGGGAUUAAUUUCCAAUACAUAAUAAAUAAGUGCCGGAGGGCGAAAAGGGUGGAGGAUGUAAUUAUAUUAAACUCUUUUUAAUAACAGCCGAGCUCAAUUAUACUAAGAAAUAAAAACUUAUUAAAUAUUGCUGUGAUAUAAUAAUUACACAAGCGGAGACAACUGGAUAUUAAGAGUGAGCGCGCACUACGUGCAAAGUUUUGGAGACGCUUUUGUGGAUAUUGAUCGCUGUUGCUAUUUACACAUCUUUGUCACUGUUAAUAUUCUACGUUUGCGGCCUUAUUGUUCCCGAAAACAGAACGUACCUAUGCAUUUCUUUUCAGAUUUUGAUAAUAAUUCACGGUAUAAAGGUAACCUAGCUACGUGUAAAGUGUCCCCGUGUACAACUUUAAAAAGGACCGGGUCCCUUCCUGUGAAGUUAUCCCGCGAAAAUAUAUAAAAUAAACAUAUGAUGCAAAAGAGGCAGAUUCAUAUUGUUAUUAUAGCUGGGUGAUCCUCAUAAAGUCACCUGACGAGUUCCUAUCCUAGGUGUAAAAUAUAGUGUGCGCUGUUCCUAAUGCGGACUAAGAAUUCAACCAACUCUGUAAUUUUCUGAGGUUUGUAUUUAUUCAUACACUUUCAUAUAAUUACGAAUAUCUGUUUUACUGUACCUACGUCGAUUUGUAUCACAAGGAAUUGUUAGUCGGCAGCGAGAUGACGUCUUUAUUUAAGAAAUAUUGUUUCGGGAGAAAGAAGCAGAAUGAACGAGUGUAUGGCGUGGAAGACUACGACGAAUCCUAUGUGUCGACUAAGAAAGUGUUAAAUUGGGUCUUCAUCCGGAUGACGCACAAUAUAUCGGAGAAAACCACUAAGUUUUGGGACAUGGUGUACUGGUUCGAGAUGGCGAACCUGAUGUGCGCGGCGCCCUCAGAGCUGGUCAGCAUGAUGACCACGGCCUACGAGGCGCAGACCUUCCGCGACUCCAUCAAGGUGUUCCGCAUGAUGCCCUGCUUUGGAUGCGUCGUCUUAGCGAUGGUGAAAUCAGUAAAGAUGGUGCUGCACCGGCCAGUGUUCGAGAACCUGGUGACGGAGCUGCGCGGCAUGUGGCCCAAGGGUGAGGUCACGGAGGAGGAGCAUCUCAUCAUCAGCCGAGCACUCAAACAGCUCAACUUCAUCGUCAAAGGGUACUACUGGUGUAACAACGCGCUGCUGAUCAGUUUCCUGUGCCCGCCGUACUUUGUGACGCUGGCGCGGUACCUGGGGCACGACGGACCAAUGGGCCUGCACUUCCUGUACUGGCUGCCGUACGACCCCUACCGCCCUGGGUAUUACGAGUUCACGCUCGUCUUACAGACCUGGCACGCGCUGGUAGUGAUCUGGUGCAACGUGGCGUGGGACAUCCUGUUCUGCACGUUCCUGUGCCACAUCACGACGCAGUUCGACCUGCUGGCGCGCCGCGUCUCCCGCCUCUUCCACGUCACCGUGGAUCACCAGCUCGUCACCUCUUAUCCACUUGCUGCCAUAAGUGCCGAUCUAGUGCGCUGUGAAGGCGAGGGCAUCGGCUCGUACAGCCACCAGCACUGGGACCUCAGACACAAGAAGGAGCUCACUGAUAUUGUCUUACGACAUCAUGCACUCAUCAGGUUGGCAAGUGAUGUGGAGAAGAUGUUCAGCCUGGCGCUACUCAUCAACUUCAUGAACAGCUCCAUCAUCAUCUGUUUCUGCGGGUUCUGCUGCGUUUUGAUCGAGAAAUGGAACGAGAUAGCUUACAAGUCGUUCUUGGUGACAGCGUUGUCACAGACCUGGCUACUCUGCUGGUACGGACAGAAGCUCAUUGAUACUAGCCGAAAUCUGGCGCAGGCUCUAUACAACUGUGGCUGGUACAACGGCUCUAAGAGAGUCAAAAGUGCUAUUCUGAUUAUGCUGCACAGGUCGCAGAAGGAGAUCCACGUGACGACAUAUGGUUUCUCUGCCAUAUCACUGGCUAGUUACAGCACGAUCAUAAAAACGGCGUGGUCUUACUUCACACUGUUACUGAACUUCUUCAAAGAUAAGAAUGAUAGUCUCUAGAGCAAGCUUCUUAGCAUCAAAAUGUCGUUCGUAGUAAUAUUAACUUAUCCUUAGAAAUGAUUUAUUAUCUUUACUGAUGAAAAAAUAGAGUAUCAAAAGUGUUCUUUGUUUUCAGAUAUUUAUAGAAAAAUAUUGAUUGCAUUUAUUCUAUUUGAACAUUACUUUAGUAAAUAUUAUAGGAUUGUAGUCUUGUCAUAACCUAACUUUGUCUAUUGAAUCACAAAUAAAACACAGACGUUAGAUUUGCAUCUUAUUUUAUUGAUUUGUCCUCGCAGAAGUAUCUUUUCGCUUAUGUUCGGACUUACAAGGAUUAUUUUUUUUCUUCGGCUACUUACAUUACAUUACAACGUUUUUAUAAAGAAAUCACAAUGUGUAUGCGACCGCCGCCGCCGCCGCGCCGCCGCGCCACUCAUACACUCGCUCAAAGUAAAUUUAAUCAGUCGUUUUUUACACAUAACUCGAAAACAUUUACAAAAACACCGCGCGUUGCUCUAAUAUCACCGGGCCAUGCGGGCCAUGCGGCCAUGCGGCCAUGCGGGCCGGGCAUGCGCGUGCAUGCGGCCAUGUCGUGCGGAGUGUCGCAUGUAGAGCGGCGCGCGAGUUCCGCGCCUGGCGCGGCCCGGCCGGCCGCGACCCCGCCAACUAACAAAACCAAAUCAAAUCUCUGAUUCAACUCUUAGCUAACCUGUAUAAUUACAAAUGCAUAUACAUAAUAACCAUACACUUUUACAUAUGUAUAUAAUUUAUAUAACUUAGGCUACUCCGUUAACGUUACGCUAUAUGUAUAAUAAGGGUUUGACAGUUCCGAGUCGCGUACAGCUUCGUCGAGCUCGGAGGCCGUUCCGGACUUCGCUGCGGCGGACCGAUAUACACAAACUUUACAUAAACGAAACGACACAAUGCUAUUUACAA